CAGUGAAGGGCUGAAUGGGCAUCAGACAAGUGAUUUGGGAAUUCCAGUGCAACAGGCUGGGGCUGGGGGAGGAAUGGAGUGAGCGGCUGUGGGAGGGAGGACAGUGCAGAGCAGGAGGGAGAAGGAAGGGUGUCGGGCUCAGUCAGUUACUGGGAGUCGGGCUGCACUAGGGGAGCAGUGUCUCAGCUGUCAGCAUCAUGUAUGAUCAGCCCCGGGCAGCCUGGGAAAGUCCGACCCCUCAAGCGCACAGCUCGGUCCCCCCUUCUGUUUGUUGCAGAGUGGAAGAUUCCAUUGAAAAGCUUCUCUGAUCCUCAUUCCUCGGAGCCCCCGCAGAUAACGGACGCGGUGCAGCUGCUGCUCUUGGGCUCUGGGCGCCUCUCUGAAUGGGAAUCUGUGGGACAUGGCUGCUGCCAUUAUACUGGCCUGUAUCCGACUCAUGUGUGUCACAGCUAUGACCUACGGGAUCAAGGUGACGAUGCCUGAACACAAGAAGGUGGUGAUGCUCUUCCAGUCAGUGUUAUUACGUUGCCAGUAUGCGACAUCUUCUACUCAGCCCGUCAUGAUCCAGUGGAGAUACAAAUCCUUCUGUCUGGAUCGUAUGGAGGAAGCUCUGGGCAUUGGUAAAAUCCCGGGCAAGGGAGCGACGGGCAAUCAGUACCUGGACUGUGCAGAUGGCAGCAGAACCGUUCGGACUGUGGCCUCCAAGCAGGGAUCUACGGUGACAUUGGGGGACUUCUACAAAGGAAGAGAUAUCACCAUUGUGAAAGAUGCCGACCUCCAGUUUGGAAAUAUGCAGUGGGGAGACAGUGGCCUCUAUUACUGUCUCGUUGUUACAUCCGAUGACUUGGAGGGCAAAAAUGAGGACCGAGUGGAAGUUCUAGUAUUGGGCAAGACAGGGCUGCUUGCUGAUCUCUUGCCCAGUUUUGAAGUGGAAAUUAUGCCAGAGUGGGUCUUUGUCUGCCUGGUGAUACUUGGGACCUUCCUCUUCUUUGCGAUGGUGGGAGUCUGCUGGUGCCAGUGCUGCCCUCAUAACUGCUGCUGUUACGUGCGAUGUCCGUUUUGCCCAGAGACCUGUUGUUGCCCAAGAGAGUUAUAUGAAGCUGGCAAGGCUGCCAAGGUGGGAUACCCCCCUAAUGUCCCAACUGCCUGUCCACCCUACUACAUCUCCACUAUUCCCGUGUCUCAAGUUCCAACCUGUAGAGUAAUGGAUAAACAGCAUGUUCCGCCUUUGGUACAGAGCGACUCGCUAACAGGACAAAACGCUGUGCGUAAAGGGUACAGGAUCCAGGCCGACAAGGAAAGAGACUCAAUGAAAGUCCUUUACUAUGUAGAAAAAGAACUGGCCCAGUUUGAUCCGGCCCGACGAAUGCGGGAAAGAUACAGUCACACGAUUUCAGAGCUGAGUUCUCUGCACGAGGACAACGUACAUUUAAACCGCUCCUAUCGGCAAGUCCGAAGGAAUCCGUUACCAUCCAGUUGCAACGCAGAUGGAGAUGCAGAGUACUGGUCUGGCGUUGUUGGCUCUGCAAGACCUGCAACCUACUCUAAAUUCAGGGAAGACAGGGAGAGCUUCAGAAGUAGCCUCCAGAGACCGACAUCUGAGGUCUUGGAAAGAAAAUCGUUUCCCAUGGCAAUCCAGGCCGUGUCCACCGAUGAGUUAGCAGGAUUUACAGACUCUUAUAAGCAAAGGCCACGGAGGGCCGACAGCCGGGGACCUGGACCAGGACCGCGGUUUGAGAGGUCUGAGACAAGGGGAAGAUCGUUGUAUCAGGACAGCUCUUCAGAUGAAUAUUAUGGAAAACGAAACCAUGGAAGAGAACUUUUUUCAGACAGUGAAAGAGGCUGGUCUUUCAGCCCUUCUCGAAUACGAGCUGCAGAGGACAAGCAUCUGCCCAAACGGAUAACCAGGAUGGGCCAGAGCUAUGAUGAUGCUUAUCUUAGCAGAGUUCUUGAAAGGAAAUCGAGGGGUCUUGAGGACACCACUGUUACCCCCUCCAAACUGAGCUUGCGGCAAAAUUCAAGUCGCAGCUAUGGUAGAUCUCCAACAUUGAAGACUGGAGACAGCAAAGACCUCAAAGUAGAGGAAGAAGACUGCCUUCCUCCUUACAGUGAAAGGGAGCUUGCAAGGGCUCUCCCAUUUCAUUCAAGAGACCACUCCUAUCUCAGCGCCUCAGACAAGAGGAAGAAAAAGGAGCAACCCAGUAAAACAGGUGAUUUCCCAAACAGGAUGUCCCUCGUUGUCUGACAUCGUUAAAGACUUAAGGAAGAUUCUGAUUGGAGGAGGCACUGAGGCAGUCCCGAUUACGAAUGACAGAUCCACGGAAGCCCUUCUUGACGUGGAAGAUCCUUAUAUAGCCUGUUUGCCCACAGGAUAGGAGACCCUAUGCAUGGGCCUUUAAUUUGGAAGCAAUGGUCUCCUGAGAGUAGCCUGCCCAAUCUCAAAUGGACCUUAGUAAAUAUAAAACCGGAGGCAUAGUGGAACAGCAAGAGUUGAUAGCUUCCACUAGUUCAGAUUGUGAAAAGCCUUAGUAUAUAAACCAUAAUUAGUACACCUAAAUCAGUAUUAAAGGGGUGCUAUCUGCCUCUGUUCUCCAACAUUCCUUAUUUCUCUAUCAGUCUUACCUUCGUACUAUGCGAUCUCUUUGUGCCUGUCAUAUUGACACUGUCCCCUAUAGGGUCCAGUGACCAAUGUCUCAAGUGGUUAUUAUGACAAAGAUACAGAAUGGCUUUAUAUAUUUCCAUAUGAGUGUAACAUACCGAUAUCUCUUCUAAUAAAGACACUUUUUGGCACCCAGACAAUUAUAUAGGUAAUUAUUGGUAGACAUUGACCAUGUCCAUUAUUAAUUAAUUAAGUUUGGUGGCCUGUAAACUAUAGAUGGAGCAAGAGACAUCCAAAAGUGAUGACUGCUUAGCUUUAGAUGUCAAAUACAUUAAUAUGGCUCGCAAUUUUAUUUUUAUAUAGGAUUCCAGUUGACCCAUACCACCAAGGUCCAAUGUCAUGGUCAAUAGUUUUGUUAUAGAGGAUCAACUCAGUCGAAUGUAUGUUACACCAUAUUGGAUCACAUAAAGUUGGGAUCUUUUUGUCAUAGUUUCAAUCGCAAAGCAUUUGCUUAUCUUUAAAGCUGCUUACCAUGUUCCCUGGCUUUUUGGGGAAACAUGAAACCUCUAAUUUCCCCUUUCACCUUUUCAAACACUUCCUUUCUGUUUCCGUGAAGUAUCCAUACAACCAUUUUAAAUCAUUUUCUUUUGUUGUCGUUGCUAGUAGUAGUAGUAAUAGUAGUAGUAUUGUUACCUGAAUUAGAGUUUUACCUCAUGUUUGAGUUUUCUGAAUGAUGAUUGGCUUUGCCAUAAACCAACUGAGAUUUAAAAAAAAAAAAAAAAAGUAUACGAUUAUCUGUAAUUUGAAUGUGUUCUGUUAUAUUGUUUUCUAUUCUGUCUUGAUGCUUUUGGGUUUUGUUUAAAUGAGGUUGAGAUGCUCACACCCAUUGCUCCUUCUAGAAGAUUCUGUGUGAUAGAAACAUUGAAUAUCCAGAUGAAGAAACCUUCAGGUUCAGCCAACAGUAUUCCACUCCUCAAAUUGUUUACAUUGCUGCAUGAUUAUACUGAUGGGUUGUUUUUUCCUCAUCUCCAGGGUUGAUUGGUUAGACCUCUUGGUAACUGAACAGGUUGACUUUCCAGGUUAAGUCUGGAAGUCUUACAUAUCUGUGGCACACUAUGGGACACAAUUCUUGUCACCAUUUUGCCUCCCUUUCAGUGCUUUGAUCUUGUGCUUGAGCUUUUUUGUCCUCUUCUUUGCAUUUCUCAGCAGAAGAAUACAGGUGGGCCAAGAGAUAAUUCAGAAGGGUCUUCUACUUGACUGCCCAUGGUGGCCAUAGAAAUCUAAGGAUGUUUAUGUUCUUUUAAACAGUCUGACGAUAUUUGUACCUAAAAUGUGGUUAAGCAGAAGAUAGCCAGAAGAUAACUAUAGGACAGCCAGAGCUACCGCCAGUAUAACUUUGGCUUCAUCUGUAGAUCAUUGCAAGGUCUGCACACAAAGAGAUACUGAAUUAUGAAGGUGAUCUACCUCUGUAUAAUAUAAACACCUACGUUUCAUUAUCUGAAUUGGUAGCACCAAGAUUGCACACAUUCUGCUGCUUGCCUACUGGAAUGCCAAGCUUUACUUUAUGACCAAUAACCUGAAGCAACAACAUUUCUCAGGCACUCAACUUCUAUUCAAAAUGCACUGUUGGUAUAUUUAAGAAGACUAGUCACACUGUUUAUUAAAAAUAAUAAGUACUAAUAUGCCCAUAUAGAAGGCUCACCAUGUCACUUUGGUUCACACCUCACAAGGAACUGGGGAAUCCAUACGUUCUCUUGCCUAAAUGAUGCUCGCUGAAGUAUUGUAGACAACAAAUCCUUUGUAAAGAGGAAAGGCCAUCACCAUAAAGUUCUAGAUCAGUGGUCACCAUGGAAUCCCUGAAGGAGUCAGACAGGGGGUUUAUGUGUGUUAAUGUGACUUCUGCAUACAAUCUAAGAAUUUAAGAGUUUGUACUUGGACCUAAAGUGUAACCAUUCAAUCCAAAACCUUCUAGAGUAAGUCUACAGUCAUAGGCUCUGAUCAAAACAUUACUAUCUAUCCCUUUUUUAAGACCCAUCUACAUUUUGGACAAUAUCCAUAUACUACAUCUCAGUGAUCAUUGGUGAUUCUGCAUUAUGGUGAAAUUGUAUAUAAAUUAUAGAAAGGUGGUGUUCCUUGAUCUGAAAGUUCUACCAAACCACCAAUAAAGUGAACCAUAUCUUUUUGUGUUCUAGAUAAUGUAAACAAAAGACAUUUGCGGUUUACAUUAUCUGAAAAUUCUGAGCCUAUAAAGAGUUUGUCAAUAUACCAUGACUUUGUAUUAGGAGUCCUUCUAAGUUCCUUCUUGUAACGUGAUGGAGAUGCCUUCAAGCCAUGUAAACCUCAGACGAUUCACAAAAUGAUUGGUUCUUCGGAAAUUUUGGUGCAGAAAGUUCACCUUAGACAAGUUCACCAAAUGCCAAUGGAUAGUAAGUAAUGAACUGUAACUCUUUACAGGCGCAGUCUUUUUAACCAGCGUAAGAACAUUUAAAAUAGUAGACCUCCUGCCUGAUCCGACCAAGAAGUUUAUGUACCAUGAAAAAGUCUUUUUCCAAGCCACUUAAUAUGACUAUACCUGGACAUGAUCCGAAUAUUAUACACAAGCCUAUUGGUCUGUUCUCUAGAACUCCCCGUAGACCCUUGCCAGCCAUUCCAAAGAUGAACCCUACAACUCUACUACAUGUACUUUAUUUUUGUAUAAUUCAGUGUAGGUGAGUUUGUUGUUGGCAGUGCCAAAUAUAAAGGUCUUAAAUGAAUAUGUAACGAGGUGCGCAUGUUUAUUAAUGAGGGGAUGAAUCUACCCCCUGUCUCAGCAUACAAAGGGCUUGAUUUAUUUUAUCAAUAUGCACAGGUAGUAUCUUCCAUUCAGUUUUCCAAUGUAGAUGGUAAAAUGUGAGGGUGUUAUUGUGGCCUUUUCUACAUAUUUCCAUUGAUACAAGUAGGGGGUUCAUAUGCCAUGUCACCUGUUCAUGACCACCAGGGGGAGCUGUUCUAGUCGUCUCUUCAGGGGCCGCUUCCAAAUAUGCAGAUAAGGAAUCUUCUUUGAGCACAAUGUCGAUAACCUCAUCCUUCGUUGAAAAUGGGAGACAAAUCCUGAUAUUUUCCCCGAACAAAAGAAAAGUUGUAUUUUUUUGUAUAAAUUUUGCCAUUUGCAGUGUUCUCUAAAAAAAACAAACAAAAAAAGUACUGUGAAUCGUCUAUACAGUUGCCUUUCUGCUGAUAUAUCUGUUCUGUUUUUUUCUUGCUGUAUUAAAGACAAAAGGUUGAUCAUAUUGUUAUUUUUAUUUUUGUUAUAGUACACUUGUAUUUUUAUUCCUGAGCUUCAACCGUUUGUUGUCAUAAAAUGUGAUUCAGUUUCA